AUGAGAGGUUUUGUAUGUGAUGUUUCUACUUUCAAAGAUGCCAAUGCAGUCCAUUACAGGGGAAGGAAAGUGCUGGCUUGUGCAAAACACUACGCCACCGAUGGUGGGACACAAGGAGGGGUCGACGAGCACAACACGGUGACCACAUAUGACGACCUGUAUCGCAUCCACAUGACCCCUUAUAUUGAUGCAAUCGCCAUGGGGGUGUCGACUAUCAUGGCUUCUUACUGUAGCUGGAACGGGAUCAAGAUGCAUGCCAACCCUUUCCUCCUCACUCGCAUUCUCAAACAAGAGAUGUCCUUCCAGGGUAUGGUCAUAUCAGACUGGGAAGCAAUUGACCGGAUGACCAACCCACCCGGUUCACACUACAAAGAAAGCCUGAAGGCAGCAAUCAACGCUGGAAUCGACAUGGUCAUGAUCCCUUACAAAUACCAGCAAUACCUCACAUACAUGACAGAGCUUGUGUCGUCCGGCGAUAUUUCGAUCAGCAGGAUUGACGAUGCUGUGAGGCGAAUCCUUAGGGUGAAGUUCAUUCUUGGGCUUUUCGAAUGGCCCAUGGCUGACCGGUCUCUCCAUCCCAUGGUUGGACACAAGAAACACAAGGAAUUGGCAAGAGAAGCCGUGAGGAAGAUUUUGGUGUUGUUGAAGAACGGGAAGGGAGAGCAGAAGAUGCUUCCUUUGAGCAAGAAUGCCCCGAAGAUUCUUGUGGUUGGGUCUCAUGCACACAAUAUCGGCUACCAAUGUGGAGGGUGGACUGUUUCAUGGAAGGGCAGCUCAGGCAACAUCACCGAAGGAACAACAAUCUUAGAAGGCAUCAAGAGGGCUGUUAGCAAGCAGACCCGGGUCGUGUUCCAAGAAAAACCUGACAAGCAAUUCAUUAACAAGAACUGGGAUUCCUCCUAUGCAAUCGUGGUUGUCGGCGAGCUCCCAUAUGCGGAAACAGACGGUGAUAGCAAAGAGCUCAGGCUAGCACUGGACGGGGAGGAGACAAUCAAGACUGUGUGCAAGGAGGUGAAAUGUCUGGUUAUCGUUGUGUUGGGUCGACCCGUUGUGAUAGAGCCUUAUGUUGACACGAUGGAGGCAUUGGUGGCUACUUGGCUUCCAGGGAGUGAAGCUGGAAAAGGGAUUGCUGAUGUUAUAUUUGGGGAUUAUGAUUUCCAGGGUAAGCUUCCAAGGACAUGGUUCCGGCGGGUCGACCAGCUACCGAUGAAUUUUGGGGAUCCGUAUUAUGACCCACUGUACCCGUUUGGGUAUGGGCUCCAGAUGGGAAUCCAAUCAUACAAAAGAGGCCAUGGUGUUUCAUCCUCCUCUGCAUCAUCUUUUUCAUCUAUUUGA